AUGGAAACACAAGCCAAUGACCUUAGCAAAAUAAUCUGUACAUUAAAUCAAAAAAUUGAGGAUUUAAGUCAUUUAAUUCAAAUGCAAUAUAUUGAAUUUAGUAAAGAACUUAGUAAACGUGAUGAAAAAAUAAAUGAUCUAGAAAAAGAGAUACAGAGUAUUAAACAACGGAAACUUAUUGAAGAAGGGAUAAAAGAAGAUAAUGACUAUGCACCAAUUAUUGCUAAUAAUCUACAUAUUAAUAAAAUGAUUGUCAAAGAAAAAGAAACAAAAUGGAAAGAAAUUUUUGAAAAAUUUGUAUUGAAAGAGUAUGUUCCAACCGUUCUAAUUCCAAAUAAAAAUGGUGUUUUAAUUUCAUCUAAGAAAUGGAAUAAGGAAAAGAAACCGGUAAUGAUAAAAAAUUUAGGUCAUGUAGUAUUUUUAGUCACUAACCAUCAAUACUUUGAAAUUUCAAUUCAAUCUACUCCAGUAAAAUUGAUGAGUUUUGGAGUUGUUUCAUCUUUAACUUAUAAAGAAAGAGUUCCAAUAGGACAAGAAAAAGAAAGUAUUGGUUUUAAUUCAAAUGGUACUUUAUUGCUUGCUAAUGGAUCAAAGAAAAAGAUAACUCGUGCAUGGAAAUCAAAUGAUGUUAUUGGAUGUGGUUAUCAUGCUCAAGAGAAUAUCGUUUAUUUCACAUUGAAUGGAGAGAAGAUAGUUCAAGUAUCAACUGUAUUUAGUGACUGGUAUCCAGCAAUUCAACCCUCUGGGUUUACUCAGUUCACAACAAAUUUUGGAGAAACUCCUUUCGUUAAGAGUUUUUAA